AUGGACGAUUCCGCCGCCGAUUCCGAUCACGACGCCGUCUCCCACACUACAGAAACCCCCCAAGUUCCCAAGACGACACAAGACAAGGAGGACGAACAGGAAGAGGUCUUCGAGACCCCGGCAACGGAGCAGGAAAACAAGUCGCUACACCGCAUCUCGCAUGCUUCCAAGGCCUCAGAGGCGUCCGCUUUCUCAGCUGCAUCGCUGGACGAUGUAAGCCUAAAUGAUAAUUCUACAAUUGGUGACACAGAAAAAACCCUUGAUACGGCGCCUUCAUCAACAAAGAAGCUCUCAAUAAGCAGUAUAGCCAGUGCUCUGCCCGCCAUGCCGUGGUCUCCCUCCGCCACCGACGAAGCUGUAAAAAGCCCUCCCAUCGCCGCUCCCGUAGCCGCCGCCGCCGCCGCUCCUCCGCCUGCGCCCGCUGCCCUAACUCCAGCACCACCGCCCCCGGUCACUAGAAAGCUAACUAGCCCCUUUUCCUGGUUAUCCAGGAGUUCGUCAAAGGAGGUAAACAACCCGCCUCCACCAGCACCCGUCGCUACUGGUACAAGAAGGAAUACCGCCAGCUCCGUCGCGACUCUUUCCAGCAAUCCCGAGGGAACAUUAGGCAAGGUCGACGAGGAGGGUGGCAACAAGAACACUCUGAAGGAUCGCUUUAAGCAGUUGCGCCUAAGGGAGGAGGGCAGUGCGCCCACGGGAGACGAUGAUGAGAAGAGCUCUGCAUCUGAAGAAAAGGAAGCAAUCCAGCCCCCUCCAUCGCCGCUUCCACCCACCCCCAAUCCGGCUCUUGCCCCCGGUACGGCAUCUGGAGUUACCGCUGGCCCCUCAGCUGGCUCCGAUUCUCCUGUGGAUUGGGAUCUGUGGCAGACGGUCGUUUACGAAGGCCCCGCAGCCGUUGCUCGGACAAGCCCUGAGCAAUUGAAGGAGGCCAUCGCAAAGGGUAUCCCUAGUGCUAUUCGCGGGGUCAUCUGGCAGGUUCUGGCACAAAGCAAGAAUGAGGAACUGGAAACAGUCUACCGGGACUUGGUUGCGAGGGGUACAGACAAGGAAAGAAAAAGUGACAGGCAGAGCAAUGCCUCAAUAUCACUAAGUAACGGUAAGGCGAGCGGCAAGGAUACGCCCUCAUCCGCUUCGUCAGUUCACUCGGAAAAGUCUGGACCUAACGGAACCGGUGCUCCUUCGCCAACAGAGAAAGACUCGGAAGCCUUCGUCAAGGCCCAGGCUCUCGCUGCGGCAGAGCGCAAGAAGAAGGAGAAGGAAGACAAGGAAAUGCUAUCGAGGCUCGAAAAGGUCAUUAGGAGGGAUCUGGGUGCUCGAACGAGCUACUCCAAAUUUGCCGCCGCUCAAGGGCUUCAGGAGGGCCUCUUCGGCGUGUGCAAGGCCUAUGCUCUCUUUGACGAAGGCGUUGGCUAUGCUCAGGGCAUGAACUUUCUCGUCAUGCCUCUUCUCUUCAACAUGCCCGAGGAAGAAGCCUUCUGCCUGCUGGUACGACUAAUGAACCAGUACCACCUUCGCGAGCUCUUCAUCCAGGACAUGCCCGGUCUGCACAAGUGCCUCUACCAGUUCGAGCGCCUUCUCGAAGACCUUGAGCCCGCUCUCUACUGCCACCUCCACCGGCGUGGCAUCUCCCCUCAUCUCUACGCUACGCAGUGGUUCCUCACCCUGUUCGCCUACCGGUUUCCCCUGCAGCUCGUCCUGCGCAUCUACGACCUGAUCUUCUCCGAGGGUCUCUCAGCCAUCAUCAAGUUCGGCAUCGUGCUCAUGCAAAAGAACGCGACCGCCCUGCUCGGCAUGUCCGACAUGUCGCAGCUCACCACUUUCUUGAAAGAUCGUCUCUUCGACGUCUACAUCGACGCCACGCCCUCGUCCAACUCGAUUCUCGAGAACGGCUUCUUCGGCUCCAGUUCCGCCAGCAUCGACAAGGAGGUCUACCGCGCCGACCAGCUCGUCCGCGACGCCUGCGACGUCAAGAUCACAGCCGAGCUGCUCAAGGAGUACGGCAAAGAGUGGGAAGAGAAGACCAAAGCUGAGAAGGAACGCGAGCAGGAACUCGAGGGUCUCAAGCAGGCCAACACCAACUACGCCGUCAUGGUGCGUCGGCUGGAAGAGCGCAUCGAGGCGGUGGACCGCGAGCAGGCCUCGCUGGCGACAGAGCUGGUGCGCACCAAGGUCGAGAACGAAGAGCUGAAAGAUGAGAACGAGUCUCUGAAGGGCCAGGUGAAGGAACUCAGAGUGGUAAUAGAACAUCAGCCCGCGGAGCUGGAGAAUAAGUGGAAUCUCGAAAGGGACGAUCUCAUGAAGAGGAACGAGAAGGUUCAUGAGGAGAACCAGAAGCUCGAGAAGGAGCUGGCGGAUCUGGAGGAGCAGCUGGUGCAAACCAAGUUGCAGUAUGCUGAGAUCAACUCGGCUCAUGAAACGCUUUCUAGGAAGUGGGCGGAUCUCAAGAGGCAGGUGCAGGCUGCUUGA